AUGGCACCCACUCCCUCCACCACGCCUAGCAAAACCACCAACACCACGCCCAAGGUGCCCGCCUCGUCAGCCGCCAGCCCGGGCAAGGAGGAGAUCAAAGACCGUCUCAACCGGCAAGAGAACCGCACCAAAGCCGUCAACACCAACAACAUCGCCCGCGUCACCAACAGCCAGCUCACCUCCGCAGACGAGAAGCUGCAGCCGCUCUACAGCCUGAAGACGAACCGGCCGCUCGACAACUUCCCGCCGACUGCUAAAAACAUCUCGAGACUGAGUGAUAUUCAGCUGGAUGCGAUGCUCUCGGGUUUAGAGGCGGACCGGACGGGCAGCAAGGAACAGAAGGUUGAGAGGCUGAGGAUGCAUCUUGGCUUGAAGCCGAAUCCGCCCUGA